GAACAGGGUUGGAGAGCCCUGGCCUAUACGAUAUUGAUUGACUGGGCUAGUCCAAACUGGGCUAGUGCAGACCACAUUUGAUUAAAAGUGUAAGGAAGUUGGAUAAGAUGUUAUUUUUCAUGGUAUUAAAUAUUAUCAAAGAGGAUGGUGUACCAAACCCAUGUUUAUCUAUAGAGGACCAGACCGUCUGCCAAAGAAAUCAGAGUUCUUAUCUUCGUUCUCAAAGACAGCACUACAGUGCAAAUCAAAAACGAUAUGGAACAGCAACCAAGAGGUCAUUGGAAGGAAAUUGUCACGUGACUUCUGGGUGCCAAUGUUCCUUCAGAAGGUCAAAAGGGCCCCAGUAGCUGAUGAGACAUUUCUUGACAAUGCAGAGAAAUACCUACCAAGACGCCCUAGCAAUAUUUGGAGAGUCCCCAUACCAAGGUGCCAGUGGAUUUGGAUACAAUCAUGACGCACCAGCCCACCAACCCUUGGCCUACCUGGAGAGCCAGGUCAACUUGAAGGAGUUGGAUUGCUCAUCGCAGUCAAAUGGCAACAGCAAAUCACAGCACCCAAAAGAGAUUGACCCUAACUCAAAUUCUACCUUCACCAAAAGCAUAUUUCCGUGGAUGAAGAAGACAAUUCAGAACUGUAUAAAGAAGAACGGAGACAAUCCCUUAGAAGUUAAUGAACUAUUUGGUGACGAGGAAAGCCCAACAACUGCAGUCUCCAAAAGGGCGCGCACCGCAUACACAAGCGCCCAGUUGGUUGAGCUCGAGAAGGAGUUCCACUUCAAUCGUUAUCUUUGCCGCCCCAGGCGCGUGGAGAUGGCUAGCCAACUCAGUCUAAAGGAGAGGCAGAUCAAGAUUUGGUUUCAAAAUCGGAGAAUGAAGUGCAAGAAAGAUGGAAAGUUUAAAGGACUGUGCUCCUCUUUAGGUAGUCCUGGAACUCUUACCGAUCUAGGUUAUUUUAAUGCAAUGGGGGAGGAUUAUGACACUGUUUCCCCGCCAUCUUUAAAGCAUCAACAAAACAAUUAUGUCAGUGCAUCAGUCUACCCAAACUCAAUGAAAGGGCAACAGAAAUAUGCCACAACCCCAGAAUAUGCUCCUUGCAGUAUGCAGGACAAUGAUAGUAGUUUUUCCAUUCAUUAUGCUCAAGCUGACCCUGUUCAUGUUGAUGUGAACUUGCCAUUCACUGCAUGCGGGAUAAGUAAUCAGUGUAAUCAGACUGCACAGAUGACGUCAAGCCAACACCAUCCUAAACCUACACUAUAUGAUCCAAACACAACAUACAUAUUGGGGCAUCAUUCUUCUCAAGAAUGAAUCAAGCAAGCUCCUAGACUGACUCAUUUAUAGCAUAUGUAGUCAAAAUGUCACUUGACCAUAAUCAGAUCCUUAGUGGACCGAAUCCAAAGUUCAGGCCUGCACACAUAAAUUUUUUUUUUAUAAUUGCGCAAAAGGCCAAUUAUUCGCUGUAUACAAAUGCAUGCAAAUAGUGUUGAGUCAUUACAGCAGAGUUACUAAUAUUUUACUCGAAAAGAGCAGCUUUAACUAUUUUGGGAAUUAAGCGACUGAUUGUGACCACUAGAGUCGGAUGUAAAACACAGAGUUAAUUCGACUAGAGUGUUUAUAAGUAUUGCUAGAGUCAAUGUGAUGCCAUCCACAGAUCAGCACCUGCAUAGGCUAUUCGUUCCUGUUGGACAGCUCUGUUUUUCUAUUUUGAUUUCUUAUCCACAUAGGAUAAACCUGAAAUUAUUUAAAUAUAUGAAACCACCGGAUAAUGUAAAACAUCGAAUUUAAAUCAUUAUCAAGCAAAAACUUUUCUCACUUAUGUUUUUGUACAAGACUUGACAUUAUGCAAGUCAUGACCCAACUGUAUGCAUUGGAAUAUUACAAACAUAUUUAUUACAAUGUUAUUUAUAUGUUAUUUAUUAAUUAAAUUUAAUACAUUUUGUUAUUUUUUAUCAUAGGGCUUAGUGUUUACAGACAGACUCUUAUGCUUCAGGGACAGUUGAAUCAAUGUUCCUCAAAAUGUAAUUUCAUUGUGAAAUCCUUUUGGACACACGUUGAAAUGCAUGUGUAGGCUAUGCUGACGAAUAAUUU